AUGCCUAAGAACAAGGGAAAGGGUGGUAAGAACAGGAGACGAGGAAAAAACGAAAACGAUAACGAGAAACGUGAACUCACAUUCAAGGAAGAAGGCCAAGAGUACGCUCAGGUCCUCAAGAUGCUGGGUAACGGUCGGCUAGAAGCGAUGUGCUUCGACGGCAGCAAGCGCCUCGCACACAUUCGCGGCAAACUGCGCAAAAAAGUCUGGAUCAACCAAGGCGACAUUAUUCUACUGUCGCUCCGCGAUUAUCAGGACGAGAAGGGCGACGUCAUACUCAAAUACUCGGCCGAUGAGGCGCGGUCACUGAAAGCUUACGGAGAGUUGCCGGAGAGUGCGAAGAUCAACGAGACCGACACCUACGGUGGAGACGAGGAAGGCGGCAUUGGGUUCGACUUCGGAGAGGACGAGGACGACAGUGGCAGU